UGCUCCUGUUGCUGCUGCUCCUACUGCUGCUCCUCCUGCUUCUGUUGCUCCUCCUGCUGCUGCUCCUGUUGCUGCUUCUGUUGUUCCUGCUGCUGAUCCUCCUGCUGCUGCUCCUCCUGCUGAUCCUACUGCUUCUGUUACUCUUGCUGAUGCUGCUGCCCUUGCUGCUGCUGCUCUUGCUCCUCCUCCCGCUGCUGUUCCUCCUCCUGAUGAUCCUCCUGCCCCUCCUGCUGAUCCUCCUGCUGCUGAUCCUCCUGCUGCUGAUCCUCCUGCUGUUGCUGCGCAAGCGGCGCGCGGGGGCGAUCCACAUUCUGCUCCUCUGUUCCUUCUCCUGCACCUCAUCAUCUCUCUCCUCCUGCACAUCAUCCCCCUCCUCGCACUUUCCCAGUGUGUACCCACGCCUAAUACCAUUGCGGUUUAUUUGCGCGGACAAUCGUGUAGAAUCCGAGGUUCUCAGGAGUUUUUAUGAUGACUCCUCUACUUACGAACAUUCGACUUACAAACUUUCAGAGAUACGAACAAACCUGGCAGUAUGUCCAGUUGGCCGAGAGUCAUAAGGUCAACUGCUGCGCAUAGGUGGUGGUGGCAUCUACUUCUACAGAACAUGAAGAACCAGUGGCAUCUACUUCUACAGAACAUGAAGAACCAGUGGCAUCUACAUCUACAGAACGUGAAUAACCAGUAGCAUCUGCAGAAUGUGAGGAUCCAUUGGCAUCUGCUUCUGCAGAACAUGAAGAACCAGUGGCAUCUACAUCUACAGAACGUGAAGAACCAGUGGCAUCUACAUCUGCAGAAAUUGAAGAACCAGUAGCAUCUGCAGAAUGUGAGGAACCAUUGGCAUCUACAUCUGCAGAAAGUGAAGAACCAGUAACAUUUACAUCUGCAGAAUGUGAAGAACCAGUAGCAUCUACAUCUGCAGAAUGUGAUGAACCAUUGGCAUUUACAUCUGCAGAAAGUGAAGAACGAGUAGCAUCUACAUCUGCAGAAUGUGAAGAACAGUGGCAUCUACAGCUGCAGAAUGUGAAGAACCAGUGGCAUCUACAUCCACAUAACGUGAAGAACCAGUGGCAUCUACAUCUAUGGGACGUGAAGAACCAGUGGCAUCUACAUCUGUAGAAAGUGAAGAACCAGUAGCAUCUACAUCUGCAGAACGUGAAGAAACAGUGGCAUCUAUAUUUGCAGGAGAUUAUACAACUUUUAAAACCAUUCCCCGUGUUUAGUGUAUAUGCCACAAACAACGUGUUUGGAAUCUACAGGAGUAAAGUUGAGCAUUACGAGAAAAUCGACUUACGAACAGAUCUUUGCAAUCCAACUCGUUCGUAAGUAGAGGAGUCUUUCCCGUAGCAAAGCUCCGCUGAGCUAGGACGAUUAUUAUUUUUGUUCAAAGGGCAAUUCGGACCGGUAGACAUAAAAAUAUUCCACACAAUUUAAAGAAUUUUUUACUUAAUAAUAACCGCAAUUAUUGUGUAAGAUUUACAUUUUCGCACUUAAACUCCAAUAAGUCAGUUUAAGUGAGGACAGAGAAUGGCAGAUUGUAAAUGCCAAGAGAUAUCAGAAUUUAAAUAAUCAGAAACUUGCAUUUGACAGCUCAACGAAGUAGUGGCUUAUGUAGAAAUGUAUGGCAGCCAAAUAAUCUAAACGCGUGACGUCCACCGAGGCUCUCCCUUUUUGGAUCGCGGAAGUUGCCCUCCCCCCCGUCAGACAAGAAGCUGCAGAGAAGAUCCCUGGGCAGGCAAGAUGCCACGCAGAGCCAACGUGCGAUGGGAAGACAUCGCCGCCGCUGCUGCCGCCGCUGCUGCCGCCGCUACCGCCGCUGCUACUACUGGUGCUCCCGGAGGAGUGGUCCCUUAUCCGACCGUGAAGGCAUUGAGUGGUCGUUUGGAGCGUAACCCUCGGAGGCAGACGUGGCUCCAGGUGAAAGAGGAGAGAGAGGAGGACGAGGAGGAAUACCGGGAGGUGAGGGGUGAUAUUCAUCUCCCAGCCGAGGGAGCUGACAUUCAAAUUAAAGAGGAGGAGGAUGAGGAGGGGCGGAGCGAAGAAGGCGGAGUGGGAGUGGGAGGAGGCCUUCGCAUCAAAAAAGAGCCCCUGGAGCCCGAUGAGGAGCGAGCGGUUCACGACAUCUCCCCAUCGGCCUGGCGAGGAGACGGCUGGGCGCCUUCGUCGGGUGUGGCGGAGGUGGAGGUGGAGGUAGAGAAUGAGAGCGACGGCAUAGCAGCGGAGGGCGGACCCGCGAGGCGCUCCGACGAACGGACGCGCGACGACGACGACGAUGAUGACGACGACGAACCCCGACGGAGGCCGCCGCCCGAGGGCGGGCACGUGCGGGCUCAUGCUUGCCCAGAAUGCGGCAAGGCGUUCGCGACGACCAAGAGCCUCAGGCGCCACCAGAAGAUCCACCUGCUCGUGAAGCCCUACCAGUGCCCUGCGUGCGACAAGGGCUUCGUGCGCCCCUCUACCCUGCGCAGCCACAUGUGGAUCCACACGGGCGAGAAGCUGCACAGGUGCUCGGCGUGCGGCAAGAGCUUCUCGCAGUCAUCGUCGCUGCAGAACCACACGCGGACGCACACCGGCGAGAGGCCGCACGUCUGUCCCGUCUGUGGCAAGGGCUUCAUCCAGUCGUCACCCUACCAGCGGCACAUGAUGACACACACGGGCGACAGGCCACACAAGUGCCACCUGUGCGCGAAGUCCUUCACCGUCGCCAAGUUCCUCAAGGACCACCUGAUGACGCACACGGGCGAGCGGCCCUACAGGUGCUCCUUCUGCGAGAAGGGCUUCAUUAAGCAGCUGAACCUCGUGUGCCACGUGCGGUCGCACACAGGCGAGAAGCCGCACACAUGCCCCGUGUGCGGCAAGGGCUUCGCCUACAAAUCGGUGCUCAAGUGUCACAUGAGGACUCACAGGGGGAAGAUGGACCAACAUUAGCGUCCCUCGGUAGGAUGAAUAAAGUGUAAAACAAAGGCCACUUGACAGUGUUGGACAUUUGUGGAUUAUUAGAUAGCCUGGGCUCUUUUCACUUUCGUUUAAAAAAAAAUGAUAAGACAAUACUACAAGAUUGCUGUGCAUAUAUAUCGAAAUAGGGAUUAUAAGUCCUAUGUCAUUCACUACCACCAGUACUAUUACAUUUGACUUCCAAAGAGACACCCAAUGACCCACACGGGGCCCUACAGGGUGCCACCGUGUGACGAUAAAUCAAGUCGGUGCUUGAGUAUCACGUAAGGACUCACAGGGGGAGGAUGGAUCGACACGAGCGGCCUCUGGGAUGGAUAAAGUAUAAAUAUAAAGGCCACGUGACAGUGUUGGACAUUUGUGGAUUCUUAGAGAGUCUGGGCUUUUUUUCGGUUUAAUUAAAAUGAAAAAUUAUAAGACCAGAGUAACACUACAAGAUUGCUAUAUCUACAGUAAGGUUUCAGAGUAUGCGGGAGUAGGUAGGCUCCGUGUACCUCCAUGUAAGCGCAAUUUUUCAUAAGUUGGGGUUCGCCUGUAUGAGUAUAGAUAUACAUUGGAAAUAUAUACACUCCUAUAUACUACUAUAUCACUAGAAACUACUAUAUGAGUGUAAUAUAUAAAAUGUAAGUGUAUAUACAAUUUAUAUAAAUGUACAUAAAUGUUUAUUGAAGUCAAAGUAUUGUACAGUAAAUGAUUCACUAAUCAUCGGUAGCAUCCAAGUCAGAUAGAAAAUGAGAUUAUUAACACGAGACUAGAACACUAGAUGUUGUUUUGGACACGUUUCUUGCGUGGGCAAUACAGUUACAUCCCCUCAAAUACACAUGGCGGGGGGUGAUUUGACCCCAUGCAUGUAGUGAAAGUAAAGUCACAAAGUGUAAGGAUGAAUUGGGGUGGUCGGUCGCUUAUGAGCGGGUCCGCGUACUCUGAGACUUUACUAUAUAUCAAAAUCGGGAAUAUCUUUCCUCGGUCAUUCAUCGCCACCGAUACUCAUACGUUUAACUUCCAGAGAGGCAUGCGAUGACCCACGCUGGGCACUAUAGGACUUCUCGAGUGCCACCCUGUGUGAUGACAAAUCAAUUCGGUGCUUGAGUGUCACAUGAUGACUCACAGGGGGGAGAAGGACCAACGCAAGAGGCCCUUUGUGGGAUGGAUCUAUAUAUAUAAAAUCGCGAAUCUGUCUGUCUGUCUGUGUGUGUGUGUGUGUGUCGCCGGACCAUACGCAGUUUCAUUGGACGGCGGUUGCCCCUGGCAACGGGUAGCGACGCCUUCGCCGCUUUCAUUGGACGGUGGUUGCCCCUGGCAACGGGUAGCGACGCCUUCGCCGCGGGCUGCAGUUUCAUUGGACGGCGGUUGCCCCUGGCAACGGGUAGCCACACCUUCGCCGCUUUCAUUGGACGGCGGUUGCCCCUGGCAACGGGUAGCGACGCCUUCGGCGCGGGGUGGACGCCAUUUUUAAUUCCCCUUAAAAAUAGGCGCACGCAUUAACACGCGACUCUGACGUUAAUUCAUCAAAGUUUCACGUCCUCUUCACUCCCCCCCCCACCACAAUGUGUGCAAUUACUAUUAUAGGGUCGGUAGAUUAUAAAAUUAUAGUGAUUAGACAGUAUUAUUGUAGCGCGGGGGGGGGGGGGAACGGCACCCGUACCCAGCGUCAGCCGGGUGGCAAAAUCAGGCGAGGCCGGAGGCUCUGCACGGUGCUAAGCCUCGACACCCACCACGCGACUCUGAGGUAAAUUCAUAAAAGUUUCACGUCCUCUACAGAGUC